AUGCCUGUGCAGGUCAACCUAACAAUGGUGUUCCAGACUUUAUUCCUGGGUCUGUCUGUAUUCUAUGACGUGUCAGAAUGGAUGGACAAGAACGAGAGUACACUUGCAAGUCGCGUCAAAUACUGGAGGGACGUGGUCUUCAAAGGAAUGGUCGUCCCUUUCACUAUGUUCGUGACUUCAAUGUUCUGGUGUGUGUACGCCAUAGACCGUGAGCUGGUGUUCCCUCAAGUGUACGACGAGGUUGUGCCAUGGUGGUUCAAUCAUUGUGUCCACACUAAUAUCACUAUUGUCAUCAUUAUAGAAACAAUACUUCAAGCUAGAAGAAAACCAACUGACAAGAAGCUCGAGCUCAUCUUCUACUGGGCGAUAGCAUUCGCAUAUGCUAUCGUAUACUACACGAUUUAUUUCGUGACAAAGAGAUGGCUGUAUCAAGUUUUCGGCACGAUGACCUGGUGGCAGGUCUGCCUGUAUCAGCUGUUCAUAUGGGGUAUAUCUUACGUGUUCUAUAUCAUGCAAUUCCCUAUCAAUAGACUAAUACAUGGGAAGGAAGAAUCUGACGUCAAAGAAACAGAGAUCACACCAAAAGACAAUGGGGUACCGUUCUCGAAAACGUGGAGUAUGAAGUUCGGAAAUACAAAAGCCGAUGAAAAUUCCAGGCUGUGA